UAUAGCCAUAACCAGGAACAAGUAUGACGAAAACUGAAGGUUAAACUGAUUAACACUAACACAAAAGAGAACAGCAACAACGCAGUCUAUGCAAAAGACCCCAGUCCCCGUCUAGAGGAGGCCGUUAUAAAAUCAGCAGCUGCAGUUCGGUCUGCACUCAUUUGUGUUUACAAUGCCCACGUCAGACUACGACGAUGUUACCAAAUUUCUGGGAGAAUGGGGACCUUUUCAAAAACUGAUCACGUUACUCCUCUGUAUAAGCGUAGUUCCCAACGGAUUGUCAGGUUUAUCCAUAGUUUUCAUCGCUGACACGCCACCUCACCACUGCGUGAUACCCCCAAAAGCUAAUAUUAGCGCCGAAUGGAGAAACUAUUCUAUUCCACUGGAAGACGACAACGGGGUGAUGCGCUAUAGCAAAUGCACCCGAUACAAACUGGACGUAAUAAAACUCCUUUCAGACAAUGGGUACGUGCCGGGAAUCGACGUGAAUGUUACUGAAAUAGAACAAGAAAGCUGUAAGGAUGGGUGGGAAUACGACCACGAAAUUUACGUUUCAACUAUUGUGUCCGAGUGGGAUCUGGUGUGUAGUGACGGAUGGAAGGUCCCCAUGACGACCUCUGUGUGCUUCUUCGGUGUCUUAACUGGAUCCUUUAUUUCUGGACAAGUAUCUGACAGGUUUGGGAGGAAAGUCGUUCUGUUUGGAACAGUGGGAGUUCAGACUUUGUUCACAUUCUUCCAGAUUUUCUCCACGUCCUGGCUUAUGUUCUCUGCGCUUUACUUUGUCGUUGGGUUGGGACACAUUUCCAACUACGUCGCAGCAUUUGUCCUCGGAGCAGAAAUUUUGAGUCCACGCAUUCGGCUCAUAUACUCCACAGUGGCCGUGUGCUUUUUUUUUGUCCUCGGCUACAUGAUGCUUCCCCUGACGGCGUUCUUCAUCAGGGACUGGAGAAUGCUGCUGAUAGCCGUCAAUGUCCCAGGAGUUUUCUUUUUCCCCCUCUGGAGGUUCAUCCCGGAGUCCCCCAGAUGGCUUCUCUCUCAGGGCCGGGUGGAGGAGGCAGAGGCCAUUUUGAGAGAUGCUGCCCGGAAGAACAGAGUCACAGCCCCGGAGGUCAUCUUUGCACCUCUCCAGGUGGAAAACAAGACUGAAAAACUGAGCCGCCACAACAUCUGCGAUCUUGUGAAGUCCAACAACAUCCGCUGGGUCACAAUCAUACUGAGCUUCGUGUGGAUGACAAUCUCCGUUGGGUACCUCGCCUUAUCAUUGAACACCUCCAAUCUGUAUGGGAACUCUUUCCUGAACUGCUUCUUCUCAGCAGCUGUCGAGGUCCCAGGCAUUAUUGUGUCCUGGCUCUUAUUUCGCUCUUGCCCAAGGAGACUGUGCCUCUUCACCAUACUCUUCCUCGGCGGAGCUGUACUACUGUUCGCUCAGCUCAUACCAAGAAAUUUGAGUUCGGUAUCUACUGCACUGGAGAUGACGGGAAAAUUCUCCUUCUCAGUGGCUUUCACUAUUGUGUAUGCCUUCACGGCGGAGCUGUACCCCACAGUCCUGAGGAACACCGCCGUGUGCGCCUGCUCCAUGGCGUCUCGGCUGGGGAGCAUUUCCGCUCCCUACUUCAUCCACCUGGGAACCUACUAUAAGCCCUUGCCAUACUUGUUAAUGGGGAGCCUCAGUGUUUUGGGGGCGUUGCUUAGCAUCCUGCUUCCUGAGACCUAUGGUUUGCCUCUCCCUGAGACCAUCAAUCACAUGCAGACUAUUCAAAGGUAUAAAAAGAGGCAAAGAUCAAGUAAUGUUACCAGAGAUACUGCAGCAGUGGAAAAUGCCUCAAUGUUGUAAUGACUGGAUUACAUUAAAAUAAGAGAUGCUGGAUUAUACAAAGAUUGAGAUGUUACUUCUCACACAUGCAACAUGUGUGCACUACUCUUAAACUUUUUAUACUAUCAUGGUGUGCAUUUAUAAUAUGUAUUUAUAAUGCACUGAUAAUACAUUUAGGUUUUAUUAAAGAAGGGGAGUUAUUGUUCAUGUAUAAAUUAAUAGGCAAAAUGUGUACACCCAAACUGUUACUGAAAAUGUGUAUAAUCUGACAAAACAAUAUGACAAUAUCACUGAACAAUAUGACAGGGUUCCUGUUUGUCACCAAUCUUGGCAGAUUUCUGUAUUUUAAGAACAUUAGUCAAAUUGUGUAAUGCUUGUUUAUUUACAAAAUGUAUCUGCCAAAGAUUGUGGUCCUGAAAAUGACUCGUUAAAAGCAGUGAAUUAUAUUACCCAUAAAAACCGAACUGAAAAUUGUAGUGGUUUAUAUAUUGAAAUUAGAACUGAUUCGCCUCUUCAGUUGGUCUAUAAUUUCCUGCAGAACUUUUCUCAUCAGGGGGCAAGAUGAAAAUAACACAGUUACAUGAAAUAAUUUAGGAAAUGUAGCACUGCUUUGGAAUAGAGUUUGUGCAAUUUGUGUGAGCUAAGAUUGCCAAUAUUGUUUGUUGUAACUUUGUCUCAUUUAUCAUAAUAUCAACAGUUUUAAUGGCAGGCCUAGAUUUUUCUUAAUGACUUAAUAUAUAGUUUUAAUUUACAACUUAUAAUCAAUGCUUUUUAUGUGUGAGUAACUUGGCAGGUGCGUGAGUAACAUGUAAUAUAAAUGAUACGUUAAAAAAGUUGUGCAAGUCGCUCUGGAUAAGAGCGUCUGCUAAAAUGUCUGUAAUGCAAUGCAUGUGUAUGCGUGAGUAGCUUGACAUGUUUGUACGUUGAAAUUAAUGUUUGAAGAAAAUGUUUUUUUAUUUCUUUUAAUUUUAUUAAUUAUUGCUACAAUUUGGAACAGCACACUUGCAACCGACUUUAUGUCAUGUCCUAGUUAGCCAGACAGCUAAAACUCUUAACUAAUUUGUAAAUUAUUAGUUCAAGAUGAACUGCCAGUGUUGCCUCCCUUGAGCAAAGUACAGUAAAUAUCCAGCAGUACAAAUGGAUAGGCCAACUAUGUAAAAAAAAAGAAAAA